AUGGGCAAGUGAGGACCUCCCCAUCCAACCACCCAGCCUAGGCUUCUUCCGUUCCUUUCUCCCUUCAUCAUUCCAUCAAAUUCUGCUGGUAUUUGAGGUCCCCAAGAGGGCACUAUGGGGGAACACAGAUGUGCAACACAACGAUCCAGAGGAAAUGGCCUCACUGGGGAAGCAGCAACAUCACACAGAGAAGGUUAGCUAUAAGAAAGGAGUGUAAGAGGGAAGAAGAAGAGAGGAAGGAGCCAGACAGGAGUUGAGCCUGCAGAAAGUGGUCCUCCUUUUCUGACAGUGGAAUUCUGACAGUGAGGCUCUCAGAUGUUGCUUCCCCCUAGUGGUAGCCAGUUGCCCUACAACUCAGACCAUGUGAUUUCUGGGAAAAGGACCUCCCAGGAGGAAAUAGAAACUUAGAGGGUGGGGACUGCAGAGACGGGUGGAGAAAUCAGACUGCUUAGGCUCAAGCAGAGUUUAGGCUUUCCGAUCUCUGAGGCACAGCAAUUCAGGUAAGAGCAGACAAGAUGGAUUUUUUUUCCUGGGAUCUGGAGCUAGUAGGGGUUGGUGGCUCCUGGGACGCUUCUGCCAGGCAGAGAGAGAAAAGCCUGAGAGUCAGUAGGAGGUUUGGCCUGAGUGAAAAACUGAUAAGGGCCAGUACCCUAGGCCCCUGUAGGCAAGGGCCAUAGAAAAACUCAUUUGUCUAUGGAGGAAGGUUCUUGGCCCAACCUCAGAUUACCCUGUUUAUUUUCUUGCUUUUUGGCCCUGCCCACUUAUGCUGAAACUCCACCCCUAUCUCCCCCCUCCUCAUGGCCCCUGGGCAAAGGAGAGAUAGGGGUCAAAGGAUAAAUUUUAAGAGUGGCAGGUGCAAAAGUUUGAUGGACAUCUCAGAAGGAUAUAGCUUCUGCAGAAAUUUAGCAAUCUAGACAGAGCCUCUGACCAGAAUAUCAAGGGAAUUCUCUCCUAAACAAUACAUAUCUGAAAAGUCUUGAAAUUAAGACCUGUGGUUUUCUUCCAAAUAUCAACUCCGGACGUUAGAGGAUGGCAACAGGCAGGGCACGUUCUACGCGAAAGCUCCGGAAUUGGGUGGUAGAGCAAGUGGAGAGUGGGAAUUUCCCGGGAGUGUGCUGGGAUGACACAAAUAAGACCAUGUUCCGGAUUCCCUGGAAGCACGCAGGCAAGCAGGACUUUCGGGAGGACCAGGAUGCUGCCUUCUUCAAGGCCUGGGCUAUAUUUAAGGGAAAGUCCAAGGAGGGCGACAUAGGAGGCCCUGCUGUCUGGAAGACUCGCCUGCGCUGUGCCCUCAACAAGAGUCCAGAAUUUGAAGAAGUUCCUGAGAGAGGCUGUAUGGAUGUUGCUGAACCCUACAAGGUAUAUCGGCUGCUGCCACCAGGCACUCUCCCUGCCCACCCAGAGACCCAGAAAUCACCAUCAAAGAGAUGCCACAGUUCCGUGUCCUCUGAGAGGGAGGAGGAGGAGGAUACCUCGAACAAUUGCACACUCAGUCCCAACUAUCUCCAGGACCCCCUCAAUAAUGAGGUAAGGACUAAUGGGGAAGCAAGCCACUCAGACAGUAGAAGCAGUAGCAGUAGCAGCAGCAGCAGCAGAAACAACAGCCCUGAGUCACAGGAAGGUGUGGAUACCACUGAGGCUACUGUUCAAGAGGAUCAGGUAUCCAUGGAGCAUCUCCCCCCUCUGAACUCAGACUACUCGCUGCUGCUCACCUUCAUCUACAGUGGACGUGUGGUAGGUAAAGCCCAGGUGCACAGCCUGGACUGCCGCCUUGUUGCUGAGUUCUCAGACUCCAGGAGCAGCAUGGAACAGGUUGUAUUUCCCAAGCCUGACCCAUCAGAGCCCAUCCAGCGCCUCCUGAGCCAGAUUGAGAGAGGCAUCUUGGUGGCCAGUAACUCCAGAGGUCUCUUUGUACAACGCCUUUGCCCCAUCCCCAUCUCCUGGAAUGCACCUCAGGCCCCACCUGGGCCAGGCCCGCAUUUGCUACCCAGCAAUAAGUGUGUGGAGCUCUUCAGGACCACCUAUUUCUGCAGAGAUUUGGACAGGUACUCCCAGGGCCUGGGCCCCCUACCCAAGUUCCAGGUAGCACUGCAUUUCUGGGAGAGGAGCUCUGACCCCAACAAUACCUCACAGAAUCUUAUCACAGUGCAAAUGGAGCAGGCCUUUGCCCGACAUUUACUGGAGAAGAGGAGCAGGCAGCCACUUUUAUCCUGCUGUAGUCUAGGGGACCCACCUGCUGCCUCACCUCUCUAUUCCUCCUUUCUCCUUUGAAAUAAACUCAUGCUUCACUCUGUU